CGCCCCUAAACCCUCCCAGGGCUGGCAGCUCUCGCGAGACGCGAUGCUCCCGGAAGCCGGAAGUGGCGGCGGCGGCGUCAUGUGCGGGGGCUGCGUGGAGACCGAGUACCCGUCCCGGGGGAACACCUGCCUGGAGAACGGAUCUUUCCUGCUCAACUACGUGGGGUGUGUGGAGUGCAACAAGAGGGACUUUGUGCUGAUUGCAAACAGAGCAACGGAGGAGGAGGAUGGAGAAGAAAUCAUCACUUAUGACCAUGUGUGUAAGAAUUGUCAUCACAUGAUAGCCAGGCACGAAUAUACAUUCAGCGUGGUGGACGAUUACCAGGAGUACACCAUGCUGUGCCUGCUGUGUGGCAGGGCCGAGGACUCCAUCAGCAUCCUGCCCGAUGACCCUCGCCAGGCGGCCCCCUUGUUCUGAAGCUGCCGCCAUGGGUUUGCAUCCAGCCUCGCCAGGCUGUUGGCAAAGCGAUGGCGGGUUACAGUCAUUAAACACGUGCCCUCUGUUGUGAA